AUGAACGCCGGCGGCCAGGGCUACCCGCUGGCCUCGCUCUACGUGGGCGACCUGCACCCAGACGUGAACGAGGCCAUGCUCUAUGAGACGUUCUCGCCCGCCGGCCCCAUCCUGUCCAUCCGCGUGUGCCGCGACGUGGCCACCAGGCGCUCGCUGGGCUACGCCUACAUCAACUUCCAGCAGCCGGCCGAUGCCGAGCGGGCACUGGACACAAUGAACUUUGAGUUGAUCAAAGGCCAACCCAUCCGCAUCAUGUGGUCACAGAGAGACCCAGGACUCCGAAGAUCAGGUGUGGGCAACAUCUUCAUCAAGAACCUGGAGGACUCCAUCGACAACAAGGCUUUAUAUGAUACCUUCUCCGCCUUUGGGAACAUCCUCUCUUGCAAGGUGGUAUGUGAUGAGCACGGCUCUCGGGGCUUCGGCUUUGUGCAUUUUGAGACCCAUGAGGCUGCGCAGCAGGCCAUCAGCACCAUGAACGGGAUGCUGCUGAAUGACCGCAAAGUCUUUGUUGGCCACUUCAAGUCUCGAAGAGAGCGGGAAGCCGAGCUGGGCGCCCGGGCCCUGGAGUUCACCAACAUCUAUGUGAAGAACCUGCACGUGGACACGGACGAGCAGGCCCUGCAGGACCUCUUCUCCCAGUUUGGAAAGAUGCUGAGUGUGAAGGUGAUGAGGGACAACAGCGGCCACUCCCGGGGCUUCGGCUUUGUCAACUUUGAAAAGCAUGAGGAAGCCCAAAAGGCUGUGGACCAAAUGAAUGGGAAGGAGGUGAGCGGGCUACUGCUGUAUGUGGGCCGAGCCCAGAAGCGGGCAGAGCGGCAAAAUGAGCUGAAGCGCAGGUUCGAACAAAUGAAGCAGGACAGGCAGACCCGCUACCAGGGCGUGAACCUGUAUGUGAAGAAUCUGGAUGACUCCAUUGAUGACGAGAGACUGAGGAAAGUGUUCUCUCCCUACGGAGUGAUUACCAGCGCGAAGGUGAUGACAGAGGGUGGCCACAGCAAGGGGUUUGGCUUUGUGUGUUUUUCCUCUCCAGAAGAGGCAACCAAAGCUGUGACAGAGAUGAAUGGGCGCAUCGUGGGCACCAAGCCUCUGUACGUGGCAUUGGCCCAGCGCAAAGAGGAGCGGAAGGCCAUCUUGACCAACCAGUACAUGCAGCGCCUCUCUACGGUGCGGGCUCUGGGCCGCCCCCUUUUGGGCUCCUUCCAGCAGCCCUCCAGCUACUUCCUGCCCGCUCUGCCCCAGCCUCCGGCCCAGGCUGCGUACUGUGCCUCUGGCUCCAUGGCCUCCAUCCAGCCUGCCCCCAGGUGGACAGCCCAGCCACAUAGACCUUCAUCCGUCUGUCCUCCAGCUGCUGCAAUGGUCCGGCCAACAGGCAUGUCUCGGCACCCCCGGGCCCACGCUGGCAGUGUCAGUCAGGCCUCCACCCAGGAGCUCCACCCGGUGCACCACACCCAGAGAGUGGCCAACAUUGGUACCCAGACGAUAGGACCCAGUGGGGCAGGAUGCUCUACACCAGGCCGGCCUCUCCCACCAUACAAAUGUCCCUCAACUGUACACAGUACCCGUGGGGUCCAGGAGCCUGCUGUGCACGUGCCUGGCCAGGAGCCCCUGACCGCAUCCAUGCUGGCUGCAGCGCCCCUGCAUGAGCAAAAGCAAAUGAUUGGGGAGCGUCUUUACCCGCUUGUCCAUAACGUACACAGCCAGCUGGCCGGCAAGAUCACAGGCAUGCUGCUGGAGAUCGACAACUCGGAGCUGCUGCUCAUGCUGGAGUCUCCAGAGUCCCUCCACGCCAAGAUAGAAGAGGCUGUGGCAGUGCUGCAGGCACACCAGGCCAUGGAGCAGCCAAAGGCAUACAUGCACUGAAAUCAGGUGGGUGGCUGUGCAGGGAGGACAGGGAUACAGCAGCUGAGUUCAGAAGCAGCUGUGGACAACUGGGCCUCAGGCUGCCUCUCAGAAACUGAGAGCUGUUAUGUUGUUGGCUUUGAGGCAUCGAGGAAGCUGAGGAAUCAUGAAGAGUCAGGGAGGUGCUCUUGUAGCAACUGCCCUACUGGCCUCAUGCAGAAUGGUCUGGGCUUCCCCUGGACACUGGCUGGCUCCAUCAGCUGAAUACUGGAUGUCUGCUAUCCUGCAGCAAUGAUUUUUUCCCUUUCAUUCCCAGAAAAUGGAUUCCUUACUCCUGUGGCUGUCAAGAGAAACAGCAUCUCCUGCUCUCAGCUCUGAGGCCCUGUGAACUAUAACUUAUUUCCCAACUGGACUGAAUCUUUACUUGAGCCCUGUAUAUGGAAUGAAGGCUGUCACCAAGUCAGCCAUUUCCCUUUUGUUCUGUGCAUUAAAAGUGCUGCAAAAUCUGGCCUCUUAGGAGGCUUUCUUGAGCCUGAGGGAGUUGGGGGCAAAGAAAAGAGCAGACUUGACUGGGGCUUUGAUGUAAGAAAUAGAACCCCCCAAAGCACUAACAUACACAGGGUGCAUACACUAGAACCGAACUAUCAGGAAUUGAGUUAGGCUACUUGUAGUAGCUCCAAAUUAGAAAUGACUAGCCCAUCAGGAGUGCAGUGGAUGGUUAAAUGGGUAUCAUACAAUGGACUGAGAAAGUGGGAAAAAGCUACAGUGAUGUAUGGCAUUUCUGGACCCCUAGCUUGAGCAAACAGCUGGCAAACACCUGAGAAGCAAGAAAUUGCUUCCAGGCCCUGGGCUGCUGGAGGAGUUGUGUAAUUAAAUGUAGGAAUGUUAGGAUGCCUUCCCAGAUUGUGGUCUCCUUCCCCUGCAGGAAACUGAAAAGUCUCUGAAGAAGGUUCUUUGGGAUAAUUAGUCCUCACCUCCCAUCAGGGAUGUAGACCCCAGUUUUAUGACCUCCCCUGUUAUCAGGGCAGCCAAAGGAUAAGGGCAAGGAUCACAACCCAGCACAUGAGUACUGCCAUAAGUUCCCCAGCAAUACAUCCAACUGAGUCUUCAAGGUUGUACUGAUAUUCUGUCUUAAUUCCUCUCUCUGUUCUCUAUAAAUGUUCUAUUUUUGGAGAUGAGACCUAAUUUGCCCAUACUGGCUUCAAACUUGUGAUCCUUCUGUUUCUGCCUCCUGCAUAGCUCAAACUAUGUGCCACCACACCUGACUCACAAAUGCUAUUUCAAACUUUCUCCACUCCUCAAGCUUCUGGCCCCAUAUCCCCUGUGCAGACUUUAUCUUCUCUUCAAAUGCUGAAUGCUAGAAUUUCUUCAGGCCCUCUCCUCUUCGGUAUCUGAUAAUGGCAUCUUCAAUUUGCACCUGCUCUAGGAUGACUCUUGGAGACUCCUGGGUUACAGGUCUCAUGUUAUCUGCCGUCAACCUUUUUUUUUUUUGGGUGCUGAGAAUUAAACCCAGGGCCUAUUACAUGCUAAGCAAGC